GAAGGAUUCAUGCUGACACAAACGUGUUUCCUGAGCCUUUCAGGAAACGUUAACUAUCUGCAAUGCCCUCUUCAAAGAGCUCCAUAAACUGGGCCUUGUCCGAGCUAUUUGGGCAGCGGAGGCUGUUAGGGCUCGGAGCUCUGCUGGCAUGGCUUGUCCUCUUCCAUCUCCUGGUGAAUGUUUGGCUCCUGUGCAUCUUCACCAGCCUCUUAGUGGUUCUCGGUGGUUGGCUUGGUUCCCGGGCGGCGCUGGACACAAACAGCCUUCUCCACCUGGAACACUUUUUGCCCCUUGGCAAAGGUAACCCCCCUCUGUAUUUACCCGAGCAUGAGUGGAGGUUAAACCAUGAGAUUCACAGCGCCGUCCACAAAGCAAUGCGGGACUUUGUGUCCUCCUGGUAUCGCACUCUGCUGCCUGAGGUGAAGGGAGAGUUUGAGCAGGCCGUGCGUAACUCGAUGCUGGAGUCAGUGAUGGAGCUGAAGGAGCGAGCUCGGCGGGUGGACCGUAAAGCACUGGUUCAACGGCUGCUGGAACUCUACGGCUGCCACCUGCAGAGCUACAUGACAGUCAGAAACAUCCAGUCAACACAGAAGGAGAGCAUGAGCCUGUGGCAGCUCUACAGAGAAGUAGAGCUCCCUCAUCCAGCUAUGAGCGGUGCAGCCACCGAGCUCAACUACUCCCGAGCUCUGGUAAGCCUGGUUCUACAUGUCCUUGUUCCGUACCCUCAGAUGGAAACCAGGACCGGAGGUUACGUGGUUGCAGAGCUCAUCACCUGCAAUGUGUUGUUACCACUCAUAAGCAGGGUUUCCGACCCGGACUGGCUAAACCAGACCAUCGUGGACAUUUUCACCAAAUCCAGAGAACCCCAGGAAAUCAGUGUGGAGGACCUCCGCUCUGAGGCAUUAUACAAAUGUCAGAUCCAGCAGGAGUCCUGGACCACAUGCAAGUCACUGUCUUCCUGUGAUCAAGCUGGUCUCAGCAGUGAAUGUACUUCAGAUGUUGAUGAUGCACAAAGUGCGUUCUCUGGAAGCGACUCCUCACAGAAUAGCACUGAGAAAAUACCCAGUUGCCAUGCAGGUUUGCACAAUCCAUACCAAAUGAACUGCUGUUCACUUGCAUCCGGUCUCUACUCCCGCUCAUCAACGUCCAAAAUGAUUUCAAUGGACUCUCUUCAGUCCGACUUUGACGAUGACCAAGCUGACGUUUUUUGUGACUGUGGUCCUCCUACCAGCCUCUGCACCUUGCUAGCUGUAAAAGAUGAUGAUGCCUUUGGUUGCUUUGCGCCUCUGAGAAAUCUUGGGCCAAAGGUGGUGGUGCCUGAAGAGUCCCACUGGCCCGCAGGGAUAGCCCAAGAGAAAUCCCCAUCUAGUCCACGAAGAAAGCUUUGUCUAACCUCGUACAACUUUGAAGCCUCAAACAGUCCAGCUUCACCUGUGAACAUUCAGAAUGUGCAGAUAUCGGGUACUGUCAGUGCAAAGGAGAAGUCUAGCACGGGUACACAUCCCUAUACCCUCUACACUGUGAAGUUUGAGACAAUGGCUGAUGGUGACAGUACUGGCACUUUGCAACCUGCAGCUUGUCACAGUGUCAAUCGCAGAUAUAGUGAGUUCCUCAACCUGCAGACACGUUUGGAGGAAAAGCCUGAUGUCAAGAAAUUAAUCAAGAAUGUCAAAGGUCCAAAGAAGAUGUUCCCUGACCUCCCGUUUGGCAGUCCAGACUGUGACAAAGUUGAAACCAGAAAAAGCCAGUUGGACGGCUUUCUUAAACAAUUAAGCAGCAUUCCUGAGACAGCCAAUAGCGAAGACUUGCAGGAGUUUCUGGCAAUCAACUCAGAUGUUUCCACGUACUUUGGAAGAAAACCUGCCAGCAAGUCAAGAAUUGACAAGAUGAUGGAAAAUGCAUUAGACACUUUGAGGACAGCGUUUCCUCAUCCCGAACCCCUUAGUCCCACAGAUGACAUGGAAGGGGACACCGAUGGGAGAACAAUGGACAAUAGAAAGUACAGUAGGAGGCUGUUCCCAAGCAAAAUUUCCCCCGCUCUCAAUAUUCCUGACCUACAUCCUAAAGUGACAUACUGCUACAGUGAGGGCAGCUCUGUCCUGAAUGGCAUGUCGCUGUCGGGCCUAGAGAGCUUUGUCAAAGAGCAGGAGAGGCUUCUGUUUGUGCCUAAGGUCACAGGAGCAGCCCAGCACGUGUGUGAGCCACACGGCAAAGACAAGAGGACGUCGGGAAAAGCUCAUGGGACAGACACAGCUGUGGCAGAUGUUGUUUUGAACAUCUUGUGUUUGCUGAUGAAGGAUCAGUGGAGCUGGCUGUGCACCGAGAACAUACAGAAGACCAUCAGGCUUCUCUUUGGCACCUUCAUUGAGAGAUGGUUGGAUGUAGGUGCCGCCCACCUAACCAGUGCCCCCUGCUGGGUGAUUUACCUACAAGUGCUUCAGGAGGCCGUGUGGCCAGGUGGCUCGCUGCCUGCUCAGCCACGGCCCGAGCGCAGCGCCACAGAGAGAGAACAGACGAAGGAGCAAUGCCUGGACUGCCUAAUGCAGCUCCUACCUGAGUUUAUCACUGACAUGCUCGGCAAUGAAAAGUACAGGUUGAGCUUGGAGACCAUGCUGGAGUCUUUACAGGACCAUCAGAUAAACAAGCAUCUGAUUUUCUGCAUCUGUGACCUGCUGUUGGAGUUCCUGAUUCCUGAGUCAUGUAAUGAGGCCUUCCAAAAUACCCUCCUGCAAAGCCUGGCUAAAGACACAGAAAAAGACAACCCUCACAUGUGAUCAGAUCACAAUAUGCAUGCAGGUGAACCUAAAUGAUACUGAGGUGGCAUAUUCAUAUGGUAAUAUUUGGUCAGUGUAACUUUACACCUCCCAGAAACUGUGCAGUGAUAAAAUGAUGGGAAAGAGAAAGAAUGUGUACACAUUUUUUAAGUAGUGCGAUGAACUGAUUGCACUGGUUUGAGAGUGAAUUCCCCUGUCAAAUAUCACAGUUAUUUUAUACCCUUGAGCCCAAGUGCGAACAGUGUAAACAGGAUCAAACUCCAAUAAUAACUUGGCCCCUUUCACCCUUAGCCACCGGUACAGUGAGCACAUGCUUUUCGAAUGUAUAUUUGUGCUUCUUUUUCUAAAUGUAUCCAUAAAUUUACUUAUAGCUGAAAGCGUUUUACAUGUGUUGUAUAAAGACUGAUAAAAGUCAAUGUGAAUAAAGAUGAAUGGAUAACUGUUGAGCUUAAUGAUUCAUGAUAUGAGUUUUAAUGUAUUAGUCUACGAGGAUUUAUU